CCGGUUGCCAUGGAGCCCGCCCCAGCGUCCCCCUCCCGCCCAGCGGGGCCCGCGGCCCCCGGUCCCCGCCCCGCCGCCACCGCCACAGCCGCCGCCGUGCGCCGCCGGGGGGGGUGGAGGGUAGGGGGUAGGGGCACAGCUGCUGCCGUUCCGCAGCCCAACCGGUUAUGCCACUCUCCAGGUUUGCUGGGUGCCUGCUGGUGAAAGAGAAGGGUUGAUAUUUUGCCCAGGCUCUUAGGUCCUGAACCAAAAUGGCAGCUGGAGAGUCCCCUCCCGUAGGAGAUGUCUUCAUCGACCUGCAGCAGGGCAGAGCUCAUGCAGAGGAAGCCUCUCCUGGUGUCGAGGACGAUGAGGACUUGGAUAAGACUUUGUCAAUCGAGAGAUUUGGGGACCUGAUAAGCAAGUCAGCAUCAAGCGAUCUGGAGAAGCAAAGACGCAGCUACAGUGAGAGAGAUUUUGAAUUCCACCGCCAAACCUCGCACCACAUCCAUCAUCCCCUUUCCACUCACCUCCCUUCUGCCCUCAAGUUCCAAAAGAGGCCCUCCCGUGCCAGCAAGAGGAAAAAAAGGAGGAGGAAAAAGAAGAAAACCUCUGUACCCCCCUCAGAGGUCACCCCAACCAUCCAGGAAGAGGACGAGGAGGGGGAAGAAGAGGAGGAAGAAGAGGAAGAAGAGGAAGAAGGAGAAUCUGAGACAGAGGAGGCCCAGAGGAAAGAGAUUUCUGCAGAGUCUGAGGGUGAAGCUCGUGGGAAGGGUACAUCCCCCAAGCUGGAGCCCCCAAGCAAACCAAAGUUCACCAUCGGCAGCGAUGAGGAGGAGCCUGGCAGCACUCUGCCUCCUGUGCAGUUCCGUGUGGAAGAGGAGUGUGGCAUCCUGUCCCCUGUGCCCCGCUUCACUGACCUGCUGCAGGACAAGGACCCUGCCUCCCUCUGCAGCCUCCCUGGGCCUCGGGAACGUCUGUCUCGUGGGUGGGAGAAGCGCAAGCCCUGGGGCCAGGUGGCAAGUGGACAGCGUGUUACCUAUGACUUGAAGGAGAGGAUGUGCAUUGGCAGCAUGACCACACUGGAGAGUGCAGCGUACCAGCGUGUCCCCACAGAUGAGGCUGAGGCCCAGAUGCUGGCGUCUGCUGACUUGGAUGGCAUGAAAAGCCACCGUUUUGAAGAUAAUCCUGGUGUGAGGAGGCAUCUGAUGAAAAAACCAUCUCGGAGUCAGAUCACCAGGACAAGCAAAAAAUUAGCAUCAACUCCAUCUGUCAAGAAAAAGAAGAAGAAAAAGAAGUUGGAUAGAAAGCCCCAUGAGGUAUUUGUGGAGCUGAAUGAGCUGGUGGUGGAUAAGAAUCAGGAGAUGCACUGGAGGGAGACAGCCCGCUGGAUCAAGUUUGAAGAGGAUGUGGAGGAGGACACAGCAAGGUGGGGGAAACCCCAUGUGGCUUCAUUGUCCUUCCGCAGCCUGUUGGAGCUCAGGAAGACGAUUGCCCAUGGUGCUGUCCUCCUUGACCUGGAGCAGACCACACUACCUGGCAUCGCUCACCUCAUGGUGGAGACCAUGAUCAUCUCUGACCAGAUCAGAGCAGAGGACCGAGCCAAUGUGCUGCGUGCUUUGCUGCUAAAGCACAGCCACCCCAAUGAUGAGAAGGAGGGCUUCUUCCCAAGGAACCACUCCAGCUCCAGCAUGAACUCUAUUGUGGGGAACCAUCACCACAACCACACCACUGACACCUGUGUGCCCCUCAUGGGAGAAGAGCGCAUUGAGAUGGCUGACCCCAAGGCCCAAGAAACUGAGUGCAAGGAGCAGAAAAACCCACAUCUCCAUAACUCUGAGGGCCACCGUAAAUACCUGAAGCUGAUGGAGAAGAUCCCUGAAGAUGCAGAGGCCACAGUGGUCCUUGUGGGUUGUGUCCAGUUCCUGGAGCAGCCAACUAUGGCCUUUGUCCGACUAAAUGAGGCUGUCUUCCUGGAAUCUGUCUUGGAGGUCCCGAUUCCUGUCAGAUUCAUCUUUGUGCUGCUGGGACCAAGCCAAGCCAACAUGGACUACCAUGAAAUUGGACGCUCAAUCUCCACCCUCAUGUCUGACAAGCACUUCCAUGAAGCUGCAUACAUGGCAGAUGACCGUCAAGACCUCCUCAAUGCAAUCAAUGAGUUCUUGGACUGCAGCAUUGUCAUCCCCCCAUCAGAGGUGGAGGGAAAAGACUUGCUCAAAUCCAUUGCCACCUUCCAGAAGUUGCUGCUGCGGAAGAGGAAAGAGAGGGAGCAGAAGUUCAUGAAGGAGGGGGCUGUCCAGGAAGCCAAAGAGCUGUGUGAAGUGAAAGCUGAGGAAGAGGAGGAGGAAGCUGAGGACGACCCUUUGAAGCGGACCGGGAUAUUUUUUGGAGGUCUGGUUCGGGACAUAAAGCGCAGGUACCCCAAAUACCUCAGUGACAUCAGAGACGCCUUGCACAGCCAGUGUCUCGCGGCCGUUCUCUUCAUCUACUUUGCUGCUCUCUCUCCUGCCAUCACCUUCGGGGGACUUCUAGGAGAGAAAACUGAGGGUCUCAUGGGGGUCUCCGAGCUGAUAAUCUCCACCUCGGUUUUAGGGAUCCUCUUCUCCCUGCUUGGAGCCCAGCCACUCCUGGUCAUUGGCUUUUCAGGGCCUCUGCUGGUGUUUGAAGAAGCUUUUUAUAAGUUCUGCCAGACACAAGGCAUUGAGUAUCUGACAGGCAGAGUAUGGAUUGGUUUGUGGCUCAUCGUCUUCAUCUUCAUUAUCGUGGCAGCUGAGGGAAGCUUCUUGGUGCGCUAUAUCUCACCCUUCACCCAGGAGAUCUUUGCUUUCCUCAUCUCCCUCAUCUUUAUCUACGAGACGUUCUACAAACUGUACAAGGUGUUUGCGGAACAUCCUCUGCUGAAGUUCUAUCCACCAAACGUGCAGAGCAGCCUAAACGCCAGCAUGCUGUCUGCAGAUGCAAUGUCACUGGGAAUCAGAAUGCAGCCCAAUACUGCACUCCUCUCCCUCAUCCUCAUGCUGGGCACCUUCUUCAUUGCCUUCUUUAUGCGCAAGUUCAAGAACAGCCGUUUCUUAGGAGGAAAGGCUCGGCGGAUUAUUGGAGACUUCGGGAUCCCCAUCUCCAUCCUGGUCAUGGUGCUGGUGGAUUACACCAUCACUGACACAUACACACAGAAGUUGAAUGUUCCCUCUGGCCUAUCCGUCACAUCUCCUCACAAACGUGGCUGGUUCAUUCACCCCAUGGGCAGCAGUGGGACCUUUCCUCUGUGGAUGAUGUUUGCCUCUGCUAUCCCUGCCCUCCUGGUCUUCAUUCUUAUCUUCAUGGAGACACAAAUCACCACGCUGAUUGUGAGCAAGAAGGAGAGGAAGCUGAUGAAAGGCUCUGGCUUCCACCUGGACCUGUUGCUCAUAGGCACUAUGGGGGGGCUUUGUGCACUCUUUGGGCUGCCCUGGCUGACCGCCGCAACAGUGCGCUCUGUCACCCAUGUCAAUGCCCUGACGGUCAUGAGCAAGGCCAUUGCACCAGGAGAGAAGCCCAAGAUUGAGGAGGUGAAAGAGCAACGUGUGACAGGAGUGCUUAUUGCUGCCCUUGUUGGUCUAUCCAUUGUGAUGGGGAACAUGCUGCGGCAGAUCCCACUGGCUGUGCUCUUUGGCAUCUUCCUCUACAUGGGGGUUACAUCACUCACUGGCAUCCAGCUCUACGAACGGCUGCUCCUGAUCUUCAUGCCAUCCAAGCACCAUCCUGACCACAUCUAUGUUGUCAAGGUGAAGACCUGGAGAAUGAAUCUGUUCACCUGCAUUCAACUGGCCUGCAUUGUGCUGCUCUGGGUGGUGAAAUCUACGGUGGCAUCCCUGGCCUUCCCCUUUGUCCUGAUCAUGACAGUGCCAUUGCGACGCUUCGUGCUGCCCCGCUUCUUCCAUGACAGGGAGCUCAAAGCGUUGGACUCGGAGGAUGCAGAGCCAAACUUUGAUGAGGAUGGCCAGGACGAGUACAACGAGCUGCACAUGCCUGUGUGAGCUGGGAUCUGCCUUCCCCACUCAUGGGACAGGCUGCUCAUACCUGCUCAUCCCUCCCAAGGACUGACUGGAGACUUGCCAUGAGUCACGUGAUCUCUUGCCCAAACCAAAUGGCUGUCCCUAGCCCCUUAGGAGACAGCCCCAGCUCCUGCUGCCCCAUUGCUCUCUCAGAAGAGGCUGAGAGUCUCUCUCCUCUUGGACCUGGUGGGCUGAGAGAAGCUUCUCACAUCCCGAGGCUGUGUGGGUGCCAGAGUGCCCAUGGGUCAGGGGUCUUCCCCCUCCCUGGUAGAGGCAGCCUGUGCCUGGUCUCCCAGUGGUGAAGGGGAGCCAUGCCAACUGGUGUCACUGUGUCCCCCUCCACUACCAUGAGGCUUGGAUGUCUCAGCACCGUGUGCCACCAUGCAAGUCAAGGGGAUGGGCUAGGUGCUGCCUGCAGAUGGCCAGUGGGCUCCUCCCAGGCCAGCAGCCUCCUUGGUUGGCUGGUGGAUGCCUCUGCCUCUAGCUCAUGCUGGACCUGUGCCACAACCACUGGCCCACAGGGCAGCUGCAGCCAGGCAGAUGGGCAAGGAGGGACCAGCACUCUGGCCCUGUCCUCUAGACCAUCAUCUGCCCAGUCACCCUCCCACAGGACUGUUUUCAUCUCUUGCUUGGAAAGGAAAACAACGCAGGGAGGGGCAAGGAGGUAUCCUGAAGCCUCAAGUAGCUGCCCUACUGGGGUAAUAAGAGGAGUCCAUUCUGCACCUCCACAAAGGUUGCAGGAGUAAAAACUCAUCAUAGGGCUGUUCUUGAUCCCCAUGUUCCCAUUCCUGAGGACAAACUAUUUAAGAAGCUAUACAAUAAUGUAAUGCUGGAGCACAAAACAGUCCUUUGGGUCCCCUUCCUUUCCCUGUGCAGUGAUCCACUGGGGCUGGCUCCCUGCAGCUCUACAAGGAAGUCUCUGAAACCCUCAGCUCCAUUUCUGCUGCCAUACCAGGGUGACCUUUCAUGUUCAGAGGUGCUCUCCAGCUGGGAAGGAGCAACAUUCAGUGUGCUGAGCAGUCAGCCCCUGUCAGCUCUGGGCACCUUUGAACACCUUUCUGCCUGGCAGGGCUGUCUCCCCAGGUUGGCAGCCCCCAUUCACAGCUGAUUCAGAAUCUGCUUAUGGUGCCCUUGCUACCCAUGGCAUCUCAGAGGGUGGUGCCAGAGGAGACAGGCACCCCAGCCUCUCCGUGAUGGUUGGAGCUGGAGUGGCCUUGCAGGGGAGACUGGGAUGUUCACUCCACCAUUGGAUUUAGGACAAGCUAACUGCCCCAGUUCCCACUUACCAGCUCCUGCAAGAGAUGGUGGGUACUUUAUUACCAGGAGGGUUCAACACCAUCCCUGUGAGGCUGCAGAAAUAUCCCACCAGAGAGAGAAACCUCCCUUCAUGGCAGGUUCCUGCCCCACAGCCUGGCCCUCUGCAGGGCCUGCGCCAGAGAGACAAAUGUCUCUGUGUGUCUGUGGCCAUGUGUGUCCUGUCCUCCCUGUAGUGUAGGAGGCCUGUUGUCGCUGUGCAUUGUGACUCUUCUGACUGUAGUGGAAACAGCUACACCAAUAAACUUGUCACAGGAA